AUGCCACCGACGACACCUGGCUUGCCUGACAGUGCCAUCAGGAGGCCAGGCGCAGUCGUCGCCUCGCCGUACAAGCCGCCCCCGACUUUCCCCACGCGCCUCUCUCAACAGGCAAAGCCGAUCGAGGUCCAGGUCCCGCCCCUCAUCGCUGGCGCACUCGUCGCCGCUUUCGCAAAGGCUCUUGCCGACGGCCUCGAGAACGAGCUUCUCACCCACUACUACCUCGGCGAUCAAGCUGUCCGGGUAAAUCUCGAUCGCGUCAUCGACCGCCUUUUGUCAACGUUCACUCAUGAGCUUUGGGACGAGUUAUUCCAGUUUUACCAGGAAGACAGCCCUCCUGGCGCAGAGGUUUCCCGCCAAGUCACGCGCCUGUUCGAAGGUCCAAUCCGCCAAAUCGUCUUGCUGCUUAAUGGCCCAGAGACGUCACCAUGCAUCCUCGACAAAAUCGGGCCCGGGUUGUCGCAGAGACAAUCCACAUGGUCAUCCAGUGCCGGCGGCAUUGACUUACCCCUCGCCUUGCAGCUCCUCUGUAGCUACUGGCAUAGAGAAAUGCCGUCGCAGUCCCCGGGAGGUUCGCCAGACGACAUUGCUCGCUCGUUGCAUAGCAAAAUUAUCAGCGGCAGCGCCGCGAGGAAUCUCAUAUCCGAGGUCCGCAAGGUCUUACUGUCGCCGCACUACGUUCAGAUGCACCUCGCCGAAUCCGCCAUCUGGAGUAUGCUCCUGUCGAAACGACCUUAUCCCCCACCUUCAGAUGGUUUUCACAUUGCCCAAUUCAAGUACGAGUGUCAGCUGUUUGGGCCACUUGACGGCAUCGCGGACCCGCAGCUGGUCAAUCUCGGGACGUUGCCAGCCAUCACUGGAACUGCCGAUGACUGCAUGUACACAACGGUGUCCGCUUACGUCAAUUCGCAGUGGCCCAGGUGCGGAAAGCUGGUCUUGAAUUGCCUCGAGGAGGCUGUGGGUAAUGCCUCAUACUCGUCCCGACACGGCGAGCCCAUGUCCGGCAUGUCGGUGUGGGACGGGACUGAUGAGAACGGGCCGCAUUGCCCCGGACUACGGCUCAUCCACAUUGAAGUCGAGGAGGCGGUCAUUCGGAUGAGUGUCUCCGCGUGGACACAUACGAUGAUUGAAGUGUUUCAGCAAAUGUGCUGGAUCUGUGCAGCCCUCAGCGCGUCUCCGUUUCCCGGCGCACUCUCCGAAUGCGCGGCAGAGGUUUCCAACUGGACUUAUCUGAACGAUUCAGUUCCCUAG